AUGUUCACCUCAGAUCUGCACCUCGUCUGCACACUGCACAAGGUAACAGAUGCAGAAACAAACCGAAUCAUCAAGUUCUACGCCGAAGAGCGAAAAGUGCCGUUCAUGUGGCUCAAAUUCAUCACGGCGUCCCACAAAAGUGUGUACGCAAAGAAAUUUGUAUACGGAAAAGACCAAAUCAACACCGAGAUUCACAAACAUUUGUCGUCCCAGAAUUGGCACAUCAUUCAUCCCAUGAGUAUUUGCAGCCAAUAUUUUGAUUAUGCGGUAAUAUCGAAUAUUAUUUUGAGCCUGAUCGUCGUCCCUGUGGACGACUUUAUUGCCUUACACUGUUACGCAUACACACCGUCAAUGUGGUUCUUUUCGAUGUUGCUCAAAUGUUUCAAAUUAACGCGUCAAACCAACUUGUACAGAUUGAUUUCAAAAUACCAUGGAGAAUAUUACGUGAAGACGGUUCUUCUUCCAAUAACUUCUUGCUUUAUAAUGUCUCAUUGGCUCAUAUGUUUAAUGAUCUAUAUGCCAAGAGUUGAUAGCAACGAUAUGAAACCUUUGAAAGGGUCAUGGUUGGAAGUAAAUAAAGUCAACGAAUUAUCAUAUGCUGAACAGUAUUGGCUAUCGUUGUUGAGAUACGUGGGAUGUUCAUUUUGCGCCAUAGAUGCUUUUGAAUCGGAGGCCGGCUAUGGAGAGUAUUUCACUAUUUUGAUAGUAUACAUGUUCGGAGUUGUGAUGUGGGCUCUCAUCGCCAUAUCCUUGUAUCAUUUCUUCACUGAGGGCUUCCGAUCGGAUACCCAAUACGGUGAGAUAAUGGAUCAAUUGGAAGGCUACAUACAUGUAAAGCAGUUCCCUGCAAAGACCAAAGAAAAGCUUAUUUUAUGCUAUAAGAACAAGUUCCGUACGAACUAUUACAACAGUACGUUAUUAAAGGCGGCCCUGUCGGAAAAUUUGCAAAUGGAAGUCAACAUUUACGUGUUUAGGAGUCUUAUAGCUGGCAUGCCAGUCUUUGCACAAAUUGGCAUCAAGGAAGCCAGCGAGUUCUUUUUGGAUUUAAAGACGGAAAUCUACUUGCCCAACGACGUUAUACUGAGCCCGUUAACCAGAGAAAAGUACUUUUAUAUUUUGGCAUAUGGAACUGUAUGUGUCACUCAUCACAGUGGCAAAGAGAUUUGUCAUCUGGAAGGAGGCUCCCACUUUGGUGAAGUGGAACUGUUGCUGGGUACGGAAGUUUAUAUGUACACGGUGACCGCACUUGAAGUUUGUGAGAUUUAUAUGCUGGAGUCCACCAAGUUUCAGUCAUUUCUGAACAAGUUCCCAAAAACAAGAGAGUGUCUGAAGGACUCUGUAAGGGCAGUCUACGGGAUAAAGCUUAACGAAAACGAAGAUAUUAAUUGAUUUCUUUUAUUUUUAUUAUAUGUUACGUUUCUAAAUAAAAUAUAUUAAUAACCA